AUGGGGAACGAACAAUCCGCUCCCACGCCGAGGCGGCGACCGCCUAAUAAGUUGUCGAAGCCGAGAACGAAUAAUCACUCGAGUGCGAAUCUCUUGGACAGACGAGCUUCAGCUCCUCCCAGUCGUCGAAACUCCUUGUCGACGACCAAUGGCUCCCCUACCAAGAACCGAGACAGUGUAAUACUAUCCGAUCCACCUGGGGACGAGGUCGUCGAGGAACGAAAAGAAGAGCCGUCGCGGAAACGAAUGAGUUUGUUCAGGUCCAAGAGUGCCAAACCGCAGAGUCAGAUUCAGACACUGGAAGUCAACACAGAUGUGGACCGCUCUUCCGUGGAGCCCAGUCCAAUCGAACAGCUCUCCCAGAGAUGGUCGAGAGAGCCAAGAGUGAGAGGCAAUUCGGUGACGACUCAAUCAUCUAGGUCUAGUGAGAGACCAUACUCUGAACCACCCAGCGGCUUAACCAAACCUCCGAUCCGAAGUCGCAUGUCUCUGCAGACCUAUACACAUCAUCCUCGACUAUCACUCGUUGCCGAACUCCCUUCUCCACAGCCCGACAAGACAAUUGCAAACCGAAGGUUGUCAAGAUAUGGAGAGCAAGAAGAUGUUAGUCCACGGGGUUUGACACAAGCUUUAAGAACGAAUUCAGAGAGUGCUUUAUACACACCUAUCAGACGACGGUCGCUACUUCAGCAUGGUGUUGCAACUCGGACGAGCUUUGUGGAAAGUGAUCCGCGAAGCUCACUGCCUUCGCAAGUACAUGCUCUGGAGAUAACACCUCCACGAAAACCGGUACCACAACAGAAUAUUUCAGAUGACAUGCGAAACUAUUACUACAAUCCGUCGCAACCCACAUCAUCUCCUCUUUCAGACCUGGUGCUACUUGGACCAAAUCCAGAUUUCACCAGCAUUGGUCCACGCACAGAAACACCCACAGAACUGGAACAUAUUGGUGCAUUCAAGCUCGGAACAUUGAGGAUUACAAACGGAGCUGCAAGUCCAGUACCAAGCUUCAGAUCAGCAGAUGAUGAUUAUAUUUUGGCUGGAAACGCAAGGAGGAGCCAGGAGAGCAACCGUGGACCUAAUCCACGAAGUAACACUCUUUCCGUCCCAGCAGAAACACGAAAAGCCCCUUGGAUCGUCCGCGCUGAGUCUCCACUGCGACAGACUCAUGAGCUGGAACACAAGCCUCUGACGAUUGAGACUCAGCUUCCACUGCUAGAUCCUGGUCUUGCUUGGUUCGACUUCGAAGGUACGGAGCAGUUACUGAAAAGCACUGAAUCUCCUUCCAAAGCUUUAGAGUUGGCAAAAGAUUACCAGCAAGAUCUGGCAUUGAGUCCAUUUUCAUUCGAUAAUUCGCCUCUUCCAUCCCCAAGAUUGGAAUCUACUAGUAAACAUACUGCUAUUGAAGAUGAUCUUUUCGAAGCAGAACCUGAUACGCCUAAUCUGUCAGAGCGCGCUCCAAGAUCGUUUGAUUCUGCGUACGACAGCGGCUUUGCACCACCGAAAAGAAUGGUGAAAGGUCCCCGAGAGUUGCCACCAAAACCGCUCGCAAAGGCGGACAGUGGGUAUAGCUCGAAUAUCUCGCUCAGGUCAUUCAAGAGAGAUUCCGUGCAGCUUGAGGAAGUACCUCCUACACCACCUAGGGAGUCGCCUUCGAGAGUUCCUUCAAGCACAUAUUCAGUGACGUCAGCAUAUUCGGUAACAUCAGCAGAUUCUGACUUGACACUGCGAAUGAAGCGCUCCCUGCCCGCAAUUCCGCCUGUCGAGCCAGCUCCAGCACCACCCAUACGACAAGCUCCUGCUCCUCCACUAUCACCGACUUUUGAUCGCAACAAGGAGGUACCAAAUCCUCCUCUGCCAAAGAAGGACUCUCGGCAAUCUCUCCUCACAGUUCCAAGCAAGAGCACCCAGAAAAACACUCCAACCGUUCAGGCCAGAAAUGUGAGAGAAGAAAGUCCUGCCAAUUCGGAAUUGUCAACCACUUCAUCCAAUUCAUCCCGAUGGAGCAGCAAAUCAAAGAUCAACAAACGUCCGCAAGCACCGCAACCACCAAAACCAGAACCUGUAUUUACAGUUCAAGCUUUUCGUUCACCAAGCGAACAACUGCGGAUCCCUCCUCCAUCCAUAGAAGCACAGCGCCACCUCGAGGAACGAGUCGAGACUUUCCCUGUUGCUUGCUUCCCGAACACAUAUCCAGGGCAUGUUGGUUUGAGACACAGUUCCAGCAAGGAGACGUUGGGAACGAUCUUCUCAGUUGGAAGCGCAGAAGUGAGGGAUGAGUUGAAUUUUGCGAGAUUGCAGAGUGCAUUACCGCCUGUGCCUGCUGAGCCAUCGAUUCCCGAACAUCCUGUGAGAGAAACUCCAAAGCCAGAAUUCAACAGGAGGAGUACGUUUCAGGUCGCUCCUCAUCUGCCAGUAACUAGUGCAGAGACGUCUCAGAGAGAGUCGAGAUGGGGAAGGAAAUCGUACCAGAUGCCAAAGACCAGAGACAAGAGUUUGCCAAGGAUACGAGAUCGAAGUCUACCACGAUUGCCCGUGCAAGCAAUCUCGAAUGAAGACCUAGAAGACCAUCUAACAUCAUAUUCCACCAUCUCUUCAUCUCUCGGAAAGUCACCAUACGAACUGGCAUUGAACAGCAUCCCAAAACCUCCACCUCGCACCAACGAGCGCGCAAAAUCCAUGACAGCACAAUUCGAAGCCGACGCAGCAGCACGCUUCAACCUGGCACGAGGAAACAGUCAAACACAGGAAGAGCGCCCGGAACCCGUGUCCCGAAUCCGCAGCUAUGACAACAUGGCCUCCCGUCGCGGAUCUCGCGAACAUCCUCCUCAGACACACAGUAAUAACUCGCCUUGGAGACCACAACAACCCAUGCAAGCCCCACAAUCGCAGAGUCCAUUAGCAGCUCACCCGCCUCAGCAACAGUACUUCCCGACAGUAGAAAAUGAGGAGAGAAGGUAUUCAAGUAGUCCGAAGAUCGGGAAAUCAAAAUCCCCACCUCCGGUCUCGAUGACUACCCGAAAAGCGCUCCCUUCGACACUGAACUCUCAAGUUGCCCCUACAGCUGACAAGCAACAAUGGACCACCGCAUCCAACGCCUGGAAAGACCGCCGGCAAUCAGCUAACGCUACCCUGCAAACAAGGAAGUCAACAGAGAUGCGGCGUCCUGUCCAGCAAGACCUGCGAACAAGGAGGAGUAUCGACGGCCCUCGACAAAUCCAACCCCGUCCCAGCCAAGAAUUGCACGCCAGAGGAAGUUACGACGGUCUCGGUCUCGGACUAGGAAAAAUGCAAACCAAAAGCUGGAACGUAGGCGUCGGCUACGAAGACGCACACGCAUAUCCCUCUCCGCCCAAGACUUGGAACCAAGAAUACGACCACACGUGCGGAUCUCCAGAUAAAGAGAAUUUCACGCAUCCCCCUCAAUCUCAAGACGAGUACUACGAACCUCAAGACCAGCCCUCUUCAGAUGCGCAGCUCUCAUCUUCGAUCCAUGAAAGGAAGACCUCGACGUCCGAUAUGCUGGUCCUAGAUCGCUUUUCAGGCGGGUUGGGGUACGGGUAUGAGCCUGGCGUGGGCUUGGUGGGGAGUGCGGGGACGAGAAAUGGGAAUGGAGGUGUGAGAAAGAGUGUGCAGGUUGCGGAGCGGUGGGGGGUGGAUCUGAGUGAUGUGCCGGUUAUUUUGAGGAGGGUGAGGGUUGAGGGGUAA